AUGACUGAAGAAGCAAAAGAUUACACCGAAUAUACGUUGGAAAAUGAUUCCGAAUUACGUUUUGAAAUAGAAGAUAAAGAUGCCAAAGUUCAGGUUAUGCUGUUUUCCGGGUUUGCUGAGAUGUUUGGCACCGAACUGGUAAAGAAGAAAAAAUAUAACUUCGGCUGUGGUGCCAAGGUGGCUAUAUUCACAUAUCAAGGCUGUGUGUUACAUCUGUGGGGUAAAACGGAUGUCAGCUAUAUAUCUAAGGAGACACCAAUGGUUCAGUACUUAAAUUGUCAUGCUGCAUUGGAACAGUUACGGACACAGGCCGAAGAAAAAGACGAACGGGGACCUAUUGCAAUGAUAGUGGGUCCGACGGAUGUGGGAAAAAGUACUUUAUGUAGAAUUUUACUAAACUAUGCUGUACGUUUGGGUCGUCGGCCGUUGUAUGCGGACACAGAUGUGGGCCAAGGUGCUCUGUCAAUACCGGGCACCAUCGGAACAAUAUUGGUUGAAAGGCCGGCAAGCAUUGAAGAUGGUUUAACAAUGACAGCACCAUUGGUGUAUCAUUUUGGUUAUAAGACUCCAUCGGGAAAUAAUACAUUAUACAAGGCGGUAGUUAGUAAAAUGGCCGAUGUUACAUUGGAAUCGAUGAAUGUUAAUAAGAAGACUAAACAUUCUGGAAUUAUUAUAAACACCUGUGGAUGGGUGAAAGGUGAUGGCUAUGCUAUUCUGGCUCACACAGCCCAAGCCUUCGAGGUCAAUGCUGUGUUUGUACUCGACCAAGAACGUUUAUAUAAUGAACUCUUACGGGAUAUGCCAUCUUUCGUGCGCGUGGUACUGUUGCCCAAAAGCGGUGGUGUUGUAGAACGCAGUAAAGAACAGAGGGCGGAAGCUAGAGAUCAAAGAAUAAAGGAAUAUUUUUAUGGUUCAAAAACACCGUUUUAUCCAUUCUCAUUUGAAGUGAAAUUUGCAGAUUUGAAAUUAUAUAAAAUCGGGGCUCCUCCGUUGCCCGAUUCUUGUAUGCCAAUUGGCAUGAAGGCUGAAGAUAAUAAGACGAAAUUGGUUGCUGUAACUCCCUCACCCUCACUUCUUCAUCAUAUUUUGGCAGUGAGCUUUGCAGAAUCUAACGAAGACGACGUUAUUGGUACAAACGUGGCGGGAUUUGUAUGCGUAACGGAUGUUGAUAUGGAACGACAAGCAAUAACCAUUCUAUCUCCUCAGCCUCGCCCCUUACCGAAUACACUACUAUUGUUAUCAGAUUUACAAUUUAUGGAUAGUCAUGCGUAA